AUCGCGGCAACUGGAUUUGGAUUGGUUUCGGGUCGUAGUUAUAAGCCUUGUCAUUUGUUUAUCGUACUGGCAACGUUGUUGAACUCGUUAUACGUUAAAUAAAAUAGAAUGUAGUGAGUGUUGUUUAAAAUAUAGCCAUAGACAUAAUUUAAACAUUUUCUCAACGCCAACUGUUAACGAAGCUCCGACACAAAUUCUGUUGCCGCUAUCGGCGCUGUUCGUCCUAGCGGUAUAUAUUCGAACUAAUGCUUACUCGGUAGUUAUUCUUGUGUUGCUAUGGCGACGACGCUGUUGUGUAUACGUUAGGCUUAGGAAUUGCGUUGUCGUGUGUGAAAAGUCUAUGGAUAAGCCUCAAGUUAUCGUUCACAUUCAAAAGUCGUUAGAUAUUACACUUUUUGAUACAAAAUGGAUUCCUUGUAGCGCUAAAUUUGUUGUUUUAGGAAGUCAUUGCCGUGGAACUGGCGCUUUAGAAGUGUACGAAUUAUCCGGAACUGAAUUAAAUUUAGUGACAAAGACAGAAAAAUCAAAACCAUUUAAAUGUGGAACAUUUGGUGCCUCUAGUCUUCAUCAAAGACAUAUAGCAACUGGAGAUUUUGAAGGAAGGCUUCAUAUAUGGAAUUUAGAAAAUUUAGAAGUUCCUAUAUAUUCUGUAAAAGCACACAAUCAAAUUAUUAAUGCCAUUGAUGGUGUUGGAGGACUUCAUUUUGGUGUCGGUGCCCCAGAAAUUGUAACUGGAAGCAGAGAUGGAUCAGUUAAAGUUUGGGAUCCCAGACAAAAAGAUAUGCCAGUUGCUACCAUGGAACCAAAGGAAGGAGAAAACAGAAGAGAUUGUUGGUCUGUUGCUUUUGGUAAUGCCUAUAAUAUGGAGGAAAGGUGUGUUUGUGCAGGCUACGAUAAUGGCGACAUUAAAUUAUUUGAUUUAAGGACAAUGACUGUACGUUGGGAAACAAACAUAAAAAAUGGGGUUUGCAGUAUUGAAUUUGAUAGAAAAGAUAUUGAAAUGAAUAAAUUAGUAGCAACUACAUUAGAAUCAAAAUUUUAUUUAUAUGAUAUGAGAACUCAACAUCCUAAAAAAGGAUUCACAUCUCUGAUGGAGAAAGCUCAUAAAUCAACCAUCUGGUUGGUUAAACAUUUGCCACAGAACAGAGAUAUAUUCAUGACAACUGGAGGAAACGGAACACUUUGUUUAUGGAAAUAUAAUUAUCCAUCAAAACGAGUGAGACAAGAUGCAAAUGAUACACCCAUAGGUGUAGUUGGCGAAUUAUCAUUAUUACAGAAUAUUUCAAUGGCUGAUCAACCAAUUGCUGGAUUUGACUGGAAUAUAGAUAAAGAAGGAUUGUGUGUUUGUACAUCUUUUGAUCAGACAGUUCGUGUGUUAAUAGUAACAAAACUCCGAAGAGUUUAAUACAUUCAUAACAGAUUUCUUUAUUUAUAUUACUUUCAGGUACAAAUUAAAAUUUGUUAUUUAUCAUUUUAAAUAACAUAAAAAUAUAUAUCAUAAUAUAAACUGUACAAUAAAAAGUUUUAUAAAUUUUAUA